UGAGUGCGUUUGGGAUUCGGGUGCAGGAAUUUCGUUUUCCGUGUCUCCAGCGCCAGGAUAAGCUGCUUGGUUUCAUUCGUUUUAAGCAGAUGUUUAGCUUUUAAAGCCAUGUGAGAUGUUCUGUAGGGAAAUAUUUCUCCAAAAUGGAUCUGGAAGAAGCAUUUCAGCUGGUCGGAGAGUUUGGAGGACACCAGAAAAGGAUGGUUGCUGUGUUGGUACUGCUGCAGAUCUACAUGGCCUGUCAGUGCAUGUUUAUCGUUUUGAUCGGUGCCGUUCCUGAGUACCAGAUGGAGGCCGUGACACAGCGAGGAGGAGAUUCCACACAAACUGUGACCUUCAAGGAAGACGUCAGCUCCAUCGUGACGGAGUGGUACCUGGUCAAAGAGGAGGCGUACAAAGUGAGCCUGGCAGGAUCGCUGUUUUUUGUUGGCGUGCUCGUGGGGAACGUGCUGUUCGGACCCAUGUCUGAUAAAAUCGGCAGGAAACCCAUCUUCCUCAUCAGUCUGUUUUUGGAGUUGCUGUUGGCCUAUGGCAGUGCUCUGGCCCCCAAUUACGAGCUCUUUGCUCUGUCACGAAUGAUGGUGGGAAUGAUGAACGGAGGGAUGGCGCUGGUCUGCUUUAUUCUCUCGCAGGAGUACGUGGGUAAAGCCUACUGGGCUCUGACAGGCACAAUAACCAAUAUGACCUUUGCAGUGGGCAUCGCUCUGUUUGCUCUUAUCGGCUACUACAUCAGGUCCUGGAGAAACCUGGCUACGGCUGUUAACUGCCCCGGCGUGCUGCUCUUUUUUUUCUGCAUCAUGCUGCCCGAGUCUCCACGCUGGCUGUACUCUCAGGGUCGCACGGCACAGGCAGAGAAAGUGCUGCAGGAUUUUGCUCGCCGGAAUGGAAAAGGAAGUGUGAUUUUGAAGCUGCGGAAAACUCCAGGCACAACGGGCUCAGGGACGUCCGGUGCAGGACUGCUGCAGCUGGUCAGCCAUCGUGUGCUGCGCUGCAGGACUGUCGUCCUCAUGUAUGUCUGGUAUGCGUGCAGUCUGGUGUAUUAUGGACUGACGAUGAAUGCAAGUGAUGAUAAAGGAAACCUAUAUCUCACUGUAGCCAUGUACGGCCUGGUGGAGCUGCCAGCUUACCCACUGUGCAUAUACUUCAUAAAUAAGGCCUGGUCAGGGAGACGAAAAUCUUUAGCGAGUUUUCUUAUCCUCGCCGGCCUGUGCUGUCUUCUCUCAGUGGUGGUGCCUGUUCAAUCUGGUUCAGUGAUCAGUGGCAGCUCUUUUGCUCUGUUGGGAAAACUGAUGGUCAGUGCUGCUUUCAACAUUGUCUAUGUGUACACAUCAGAACUUUAUCCCACUGUUAUCAGGAACGCAGGGCUUGGUGUGUGCUCCAUGUCUUGUAGGGUUGGAGGAAUUUUAGCUCCUUUUGUGCCCAGUAUGGACUGCAAAAGUGGUUAUAUGAGUUACAAUAAUGUACCUAUCACCCCAGACAAGUCUGGCCUCACUGGAUGUUUUGCUUUUUUGUUUUAUUGCACCUCUGGCACCAACGAUCACGCCAUGCUUAAGAUCCUUGAGAGUUUGCCAUGAACAUUAAUACGAAGCUCUUGACAUGCAUCUGCAUGGUUUUAUGCACUGCAUUGGGAUAAUUGCAUAAAUAAACAAGCGUACAGGUAUUUCUAAUAGAGAGGCUGUUUGCACAUUGCCAUACACAGAUUCUUUUUUGAGAUACACUGAUUUUAGCUAUGACGUAGAGACCUGCACAAACGGGUGCGGCGGGGGACAAGAUUCGUGUGAGAACGGUAAAAUACUCACUGGACUACUAGAGCACACGAGGCACAACGUCUGAAGCACAAGACAGGAGAACAUGUUUUAUUAAUUAAAAUUAACAGGCGUUUUCUUUUCUUUUAUAUUCAAAAGGGAAGCAUGUGAAACUAAAAAAGGGAGUAGCAGGAAAAAGCAGUCAGUGCAUUGGAAAUCAAACUACUUAUACAUUUUAUCUGCGGGCUUUCGUGAGUGGGAUACAACUUAAAUAUUGCAAGCGGGUGAAAAUAACAGAUUUUUGCAGGGGCGAGAAUGCAAAAUCCAUCCCGCUCUACCUGUCGGCGGGAGAAGAACAAAACUUAAAUAUUGCGAGCUGGAGAAAAUUAUAUAUUUUGCGGGAGUGGGACUGAAAAAUCCGUCUCGUGCAGUCCUCUAAUUUGACGUGUUUUGUUGUUC